CAGCUCAUUUACCUGGGGACUUGUAUGAUACUUCCACAUGUUUGUUUUUUAAUUAAUGACCGCUAAAACAUCCAUACAGUCCAAAUACAUGUACAACAGACGCCAUUUGAAUACAGAUUUUCAACAUUAUCAUUCAAAUUCAUUAACUAGCCAAGUAACUUCAAAUCAGAUAGUUAAAACGCCCAACUAUCGAACCUAUUCCACUGUGAAAAAUCCGUAUAAUUAUCAAAACACUAAAUUAGAAUUACCAGAAGACAUGUCAUAUGUGAAUUCUAUUGUAUUGCCUUCUCAUCAACAUAAUCAUUUCAGUCAACAGGUUUUCAAGUCAAAUCUACCGCCUGUAAUAACAAGUAAAAGUAUAAGUAUGUUCAAUAAUGCACCUAUCAGCACUGCAAUGAACGAUAGUACUACAGCAGUGAGGGAUAAUAUUAAAGUUAGUACGAAUAACAAGGAUAAUGAUGAUAGUGUUGAGAAUGAUUCUAAAAAACAAGAAACAGUUUUAUGCCUAAAACGUCUUUUCACCUUUUUAUUAUCACAUGUUGGAUUAGCUGUUCUAGUUGUCGUAUAUACAGUCAUUGGUGGUUCAAUGUUCUAUGCUGUUGAACGUGAUCAUGAAUCACAAGUUAAAAUGAAAAUGUUUGAAACUCGUAAAAAAAUAGUUGAAGAAAUGAUGCUUGAAUGGAGAAAUACACAGCUGGAAUUAUUGGAUACAUUAAUUAAUCAUGUAAAUAUAAUUCAUCAGUUUGAACAAACAAAUUUUGGCAGAAAAUUUAAAAAUCAAACAAAUCUGUAUGAUUCUAUUGAACGUUUAGCUAUAAUAAAUAGUGAAUUUUAUAAGGAGAACAAUAAACGAUUAUUGUCUAGUGAUUUAAAGGAUGAACAGAAACAACAUUUAGCUGGUUUAUCAUGGUAUUUAUCAAGUUUAGGUUGGUCGAAAAGAAUUCUACCGCAAUGGUGGUUUCAUCGAAAUUAUACACAGUUUACGCCUUUACAAAAUCUUAAUAAUACAGCUACUGCUGAUAUUAUAAACGAAUUACACGGUGUAAUGACAAACAACUCGACGAAUCAACCGUUAAAGGGUAUAGAUGUCACACCAACUGACAGUGUUACUAAUCGUAACGAUCAUGCACUACAUAAGUCAUAUAUGUUGAAGACACAGGUCUUAACAACAGCAACAGCAACAACACCGACGAUGACGACAACUGCCCCCAGAACAACCUCUCCUGAUAGUGAUGAAAUAGACACAAAAUUUGAAAACAAUAAUAAAACAAAUCAAAGCUUACAUCUAAAUUAUUUUUCAACAGAGUUAGUUAACUCUUUACCAAAACAUUUGAUACUAGUUGCAAAAUUAGAUGAUAUCCUACCUACAAUUAUUAAUCAAAGUAGAAUUCUAGAAAAUGCUUUACAGAAAAAGCUAACAGAAUAUGUUGAACAGAUUGUUAUUGCUAUAAAAGAUGAAGGAUGGAAUGGAUCAGAGCAUACAGAUGAUUUCAACUGGACAUUUGAAGGUAGUAUAUUAUUCGCUGUCACUAUUAUUACUACUAUAGGCUAUGGACAUGUGACACCGCAUACACAAUUAGGUAAAUUUCUUACAAUGAUGUAUGCCUUAUUCGGCAUACCAUUAUUCUUUUGUUAUCUGUCAAACAGUGGAAAUUACAUGGCAUCAUUAUUUCAAGUCUUCUACAUACGUAUAUGUCAACCAGCAUUUGUACAAUUUAAGAAAUGCCUUAAAAGGUGUUGCAAUCAACUGAACAACAGAAAGGUUACACAAGAAUCAAUCUCAAAAGUAUCAAAAAAUAAUGAAAUUCUUGUCUGUCAGAGUAGUUCCCCAUCAUCAUUUGCGCCAAGAUAUAAAAGGUAUAAAAGAAACCUGCCUAAUACUACUACUUAUUCUUCUUCGAAUAGUAAUAGUAGUAGUAUCUCUCCAACUAACAAGCAUUUACUACCUAAUCAAUAUCUCAAUAAUGGUAUACCUAAUCGUAAUCUAAGCGAGAAUUUAAACUGUAACAAUAUGAAUCGACAAAAUACUCCAUGGACUUAUAAACACUCACAGACUGCAUCCUACAGACCGGAGUAUUUAUUGGAUCAUGUGAUGACAUCUACAUCGUCUUAUUCAAGCGCUCAAAACUAUCCAUCUCAAAUGUUCGACUUGCAUAAUAUGUACACAGUCAAUCCAUAUAUCAAACAACAUACACCAUUGGAAACUUAUGAAUUGUCAAGUUAUAAUUCCACUGCAUCGCAUUCAAUGCAUGAACAGUCAUCCAGUGAAUUAAUCAAUCAUCCUAACAGUAAUAUCAACUCUACCAGGGAAUUACCAACAUCAAUGACUUUUGCAAAAACAAGUCAACAAUUUAAACAAAAAAAUAAUUUAGAAUUGCCUAAUUCAUCAAUGAAUGAAUCAAUUAAAUCAUCAGAUGAACCAGUUACAACAACAGUUCCAUUAACACUGACUAUUCUAAUGAUGACAGUUUAUAUUUUAUUAGGUGCAACUGUAUUUUGUUUAUGGGAGUCAACAGAUUAUUUGAAAUGGUCAUAUUUUUGUUUUGUAACAUUGUCAACUAUUGGAUUUGGAGAUAUUGUACCAGGUACCAAAAUUGAUUCACAGAAUCCAAAAGAGAAAAUGAUCGCUUUAGCCUUGUAUGUCGCGCUUGGUUUAUCAUUAUUUGCAAUGUGUUUCAAUCUGAUGGAAGAAGAGGUGACAGCUAAACUGAAAAGAAUAGGACAUCGUAUCGGUGUAACUCAACCGACAAAGAAGAAAUCAAAAGCCUAA